GACGCCUGCCUGUUCUGACGUCACUCCACUUCCUGUCUCCACCCAUUUGCAGCCAUGAUGCAGGAAGGGUUGGACGACGGACCCGACUUCCUCUCCGAGGAGGACCGGGGACCACGUGCCGUCAACGUGGACCUUCAAACAGACGCCAUGCUGCAGGUCGACAUCUCCGAUGCCCUGAGUGAGAGAGACAAGGUCAAAUUUACCGUUCACACCAAGAGCACGCUUCCCAACUUUAAGCAGAACGAGUUCUCGGUGGUCCGACAGCAUGAAGAGUUCAUCUGGCUGCACGACUCCUUUGUGGAAAAUGAAGAAUACGCAGGAUACAUCAUCCCCCCAGCACCUCCAAGACCAGACUUCGAUGCAUCCAGAGAGAAGCUGCAGAAGCUGGGCGAGGGCGAGGGAUCCAUGACUAAAGAGGAGUUCACAAAGAUGAAGCAGGAGCUCGAGGCAGAGUACCUUGCCAUCUUUAAGAAAACCGUAGCCAUGCAUGAGGUCUUCUUAUGUCGUGUGGCGGCUCAUCCUGUGCUCAGGAAAGACCUCAACUUCCAUGUCUUCCUGGAGUAUAACCAGGAUCUGAGUGUACGAGGGAAGAACAAGAAGGAAAAACUGGAAGAUUUCUUUAAAAAUGUGGUGAAGUCGGCAGAUGGCGUCUUGGUGGCUGGAGUCAAGGAUGUGGAUGAUUUCUUUGAGCACGAGAAGACGUUUCUGUUGGAAUAUCACAACAGAGUCAAGGAUGCUUCAGCCAAGUCUGACAGAAUGAUCCGAUCACACAAAAAUGCUGCUGAUGACAUCAACAGAAUUGCCUCAUCUCUCUACACAUUAGGAACACAGGACUCCACAGACCUCUGCAAGUUCUUCCUCAAAGUGUCAGAGUUGUUUGAGAAAACUCGGAAAAUUGAAGCUCGCAUUGCAGCCGAUGAAGACCUGAAGCUGGCCGACCUGCUGAAAUAUUAUUUGAGGGAGUCGCAGGCUGCAAAGGAUCUGUUGUACCGGAGGAGUCGGGCUUUGGUCGACUAUGAGAACGCUAACAAGGCUCUAGAUAAGGCUCGAGCCAAAAACAGAGAUGUUCUGCAGGCUGAGACCAGUCAGCAGCUUUGCUGCCACAAGUUUGAGAAAAUCUCAGAGUCUGCCAAGCAAGAGCUCAUAGACUUUAAGACAAGGCGAGUGGCAGCCUUCAGGAAGAACCUGGUGGAGCUGGCCGAGCUUGAGCUCAAACACGCCAAGGGGAACCUCCAGCUGCUGCAGGGCUGUCUGGGCAUCCUGAAAGGAAACACUUAACUGUUUGAUACUGCAUACAUCCAGCUGGAUGCCCCCUGGCUUCUGUCCCGCCCAUUUCCAGCUGGACAAUCCCGUCACAUGGGUGAAACCUGCAAGGACAGAAAACCGACGCCAAGAUAACUGGACCUGGAGACAAAUAGAAAGAGUCUGAAAUAAAAAAAAAAGAAA